AUGCUUUCACGAUGUGUGGUGUCGCAAGUGAAGCACAACUCGUACUUCCUGGUGGGGCUGGCGCUCGGGCUGUGGCUGGCGCUGGCCACGGUGCCGCUGGAGGAGGAGGGCGCGGGCUGCGGCGCGCCGGCGGCGGCGCCCGGCCUGGACGAGUGGGAGCCGGUGCGCGAGCAGCGCGAGAUGGGCGCGCCCGGGGCGCCGGGCCGCAGCGUGCAGCGGCCGCGCUACUACAGCACGGAGCUGGGCAUGCGCGCCGGGCUGCUGGCGGGCGCGCUCACGUCGGAGGCGGCGCUGGGCGGGCGCGCCGCCGCGCUCAACCGCACCGCGGCGCGGCUGCUGCCCGCGCUGCGCUUCUUCAUCACGGCCAGCGCCAUGCGCGCGGCGCCCGCCGGGGCCAACGUGGUCGGCUUCACCGACACCAGGGAGAUGCUCAAGCCCUUCCACGCCCUCAAGUAUCUCGCCGACAACUAUCUGGAGGAAUACGACUUCUUUUUCCUUGUCACUGACACUACCUUUGUGAAUGCUCGACGUUUGACCGACCUUGUCGGACGUCUUAGUGUUAGCCAGGAUGUAUACAUGGGCACAGUAGCCGAUGAUGACACACAGUAUUGCACCCUAGAGAGCGGCAUCCUGCUGUCGAACUCGGUGCUGCGCGCCGUCCACGGCGCCCUGGACUGGUGCGUGCGCAACUCCUACUCGCCCCACCACCACGAGAACGUGGGCCGCUGCGUGCUGCACGCCGCGCACAUCACCUGCACUUCGGCGCUGCAGGGCGAGAAGUACGUGUCGUGGCGGCUGGAGGGCGACACCGGCCUGGCGCCCGCCCUGGCCGACGCCGUCACCGCCCACCCGGUGCACGAGCCGGAGCAGCUCUACCAGCUGCACGCCUACGUGUCGCGGGUGCUGCUGCAGCGCGCGCGUGCGGAGGCGCGGCUGCUGCGCGCCUCGGCCUCGCUGAGCGCGCGCCGCCACCCGCGCGGCUUCCGCAACGCCAGCUGGCCGGCGGGGCUGCGCAACUCGCCCGGCCUGGCGCCCGCGCCGCCCGCCAGCCGCUUCGACCACCUGCGCUGGACCUCCUUCAACGCCACGCACGCCUUCAUGCCCGACGACCACCGCGCCGCCGCGCCCCUCGCCGGCGCCACGCGCGCCGCCCUCGACCUGGCGCUGGCGGAGGCGGCCGCGUGGGCCAAGCGGCGCUGGGCGGGCGGGCGCGCCUCGCUGCUGGAGGGCGCCUGGUGCUGGGAGCCGCCGUACGCGCUGCGCUACCGGCUGCUGCUGGCGCUGCAGCCCGAGCAGGGGCCGGCGCGCGCCACGGUGCGCCAGGUGGAGGUGGCGCGGCCGCUGGGCGCCGCCCGCCUGGUGCCGGCGCGCUACGUGACGGAGAGCGCGCGCGUGCUGCUGCUGCUGCCGCUGGCCGCCGCGCACCUCCACUCGGCGCUCGCCUUCCUGCGCCGCUACGAGGCUGUCUGCCUCGAGCGCGACCGCAACACCGGACUGCUUCUGACGUUGGCGACGCGCAACGACAGCGCGGCCUUCGAGCCGCUGCGCGAGGCGGUGGCGGCCUUGGCGGAGAAGCACCGCGGCGCCCAGCUCGAGCUGGUGGAGGGGGAGCUGGCGGCCGCGGCCGAGGAAACGCUGGAGGGCGAGAGCGCCGAGGAGCUGCUGGUGCGGGCGCAGCAGCUGGCGCUCGAGCGGGCGCUGCCCCGCGCCGCCCCCGACCAGCUGGUGCUGCUGUCGGCGCCGCACAUGGAGUUCAACGAGGACUUCCUGAACAGGGUGCGCAUGAACACGAUCGCGGGCGAGCAGUGGUUCCUGCCGGUGGCGUUCGCGCGCUUCGCCCAGUUCGCGCACCCGCGCUUCGUGGACGCGGCGGGCGCCAAGCCGCAGCAGGGCACGGGCCGCUUCAACGCGGCGCGCCGCCACGUGCUAGCCUUCUACCGCGCCGACUACGACGCCGCGCUGGAGCUGUGGCGGCGGCGCUCGGGCGCGGCGGGCGCGGGGGGGGCGGAGGGGGCGGAGGGCGCGGCCGAGGCGCUGGCGCGGGCGCCGCUGCGGCCGCUGCGCGCGCCCGAGCCGGCGCUGCUGCUGGCGCCGCCGCCGCCGCCCUGCGCCGCCCCGCCCGCCGCCGCCUGCCUGCGGCGCCAGCGCGACCGGGGCCUGCAGCGGCUCGACCUGGGCGCGCGCCACGCGCUGGCCAAGCUGCUGCUCGAGACGCAGGCCGACCUGCAC